GACUAAAUGGCAGUAUUUCCACUUUGUGUUUAGCUGUUUAACAAUGGCUGGAAUUUUGUGUUUGGUUCAGAUUUUGAUGGUCUGUGCUUUCUGUCAUGCUGUUCCACAGUGGAGAAAAUCGCUUCAGGAUGCUCAGGCUCUGAUGAUUCAGCAAACUGACCAGCAGUUUCCAGUUCAGAAGCCAAUUCAACAGCUAACUAGCCAGCAGUUUCCAGUUCAGAAGCCAGUUCAACAGCUAACUAGCCAGCAGUUUCCAGUUCAGAAGCCAGUUCAACAGCUAACUAGCCAGCAGUUUCCAGUUCAGAAGCCAGUUCAACAGCUAACUAGCCAGCAGUUUCCGCUUCAGAAGCCAGUUCAACAGCUAACUAGCCAGCAGUUUCCAGUUCAGAAGCCAGUUCAACAGCUAACUGUCCAGCAGUUUCCGCUUCAGAAGCCAGUUCAACAGCUAACUAGCCAGCAGUUUCCGCUUCAGAAGCCAGUUCAACAGCUAACUAGCCAGCAGUUUCCACUUCAGAAGCCAGUUCAACAGCUAACUAGCCAGCAGUUUCCACUUCAGAAGCCAGUUCAACAGCUAACUAGCCAGCAGUUUCCGCUUCAGAAGCCAGUUCAACCGCUAACUAGCCAGCAGUUUCCGCUUCAGAAGCCAGUUCAACCGCUAACUAGCCAGCAGUUUUCGCUUCAGAAGCCAGUUCAACAGCUAACUAGCCAGCAGUUUCCAGUUCAGAAGCCAGUUCAACAGCUAACUAGCCAGCAGUUUCAGCUUCAGAAGCCGGUUCAACCGCUAACUAGCCAGCAGUUUCCGCUUCAGAAGCCAGUUCAACCGCUCACUAGCCAGCAGUUUCCAGUUCAGAAGCCAGUUCAACCGCUCACUAGCCAGCAGUUUCCAGUUCAGAAGCCAGUUCAACAGCUAACUAGCCAGCAGUUUCCGCUUCAGAAGCCAGUUCAACAGCUAACUAGCCAGCAGUUUCCGCUUCAGAAGCCAGUUAAACAGCAGUUUCAGAAGCCAGUAGUGCAGGCAGAGCCCCUUGAUAAAUGUGCUGUAGAUGAUUCUGAGCAGGUCCAAUGUGGUCUACCUGGGAUCAGUGGUGCUGAGUGUGAAGCUAUCGACUGCUGCUUUAAUGGACAGCAGUGUUUCUAUGGGAGGGCAGUGACUGUCCAGUGUAUUAGAGAUGGUCAGUUUGUGGUAGUGGUGUCUAGAGACGUUACUCUGCCUCGACUGAGUCUGGAUUCAGUUCAUCUACUGGGUGGAAAUGACCCACCCUGUGCUCCUGUGGGGUCCACACCUUCCUUUGCUAUAUACCAGUUCCCUGUGACCGCAUGUGGCACGAGCGUGAUGGAGGAUGGAGGAUAUGUGGUGUAUGAAAACCGAAUGACCUCAUCGUAUGAAGUGGGGAUUGGACCGUAUGGUUCCAUCACAAGGGACAGUCAUUUUGAGUUUCUCUUCCAGUGUAGAUAUUCAGGAACGACUGUGGAAGCUCUGGUUGUGGAAGUCAACUCUGUUCCUCCACCUCCACCAGUAGCUGCUCCUGGACCUCUCAGGGUGGAGCUCAGACUGGCCAAUGGCCAAUGUGUCACCAAAGGCUGUGCUGAAGGGGAUGAGGCCUACACGUCCUACUACAGUGACUCUGAUUAUCCCAUCACAAAAGUCCUGCGAGAGCCUGUGUAUGUUAAGGUGCACAUUAUGGAGAGGACUGACCCCAACAUUGUCCUGAUGCUGGGACAUUGUUGGGCGACUUCAACCCCAAGUCCACUCAGUCUCCCCCAGUGGGACCUUCUGAUCGACGGAUGCCCUUACCAGGAUGACCGCUAUCUGACCACACUGGUUCCAGUUACUGGAUCAUCUGGUCUUCAAUUCCCAACCCAUUACAAGCGCUUUGUUGUGAAGAUGUUCACAUUUGUAGAUCCAGCCUCGCUGGCUGCUCUGCAGGAAACCAUCUUCAUCCACUGCAGUACAGCGGUGUGCCAUCCAUCAUCUGGCUCUUGUGAGCAAAGCUGCACCAGGAAACGAAGAGACACUCGUAUCAAGGCUGUCUCUGGGGAGCAGACUGUGGUUUCUAGUGGAGGAGUUACUCUGGUCAUGUAAAUCUAGUGUUUUUAAUAAACUUGUAGAACAUC